AUACACAGAAUUCGAUCGUCUUUCUCAAACCAGAACAACAAGAAAUUUACAAGGCAACCAUGUCAUCGAACCAAGAAAAUGUCACGAAAGAGAAACUUCACAUAACAAUGAAGACACAGGAAGUAGAUCCAAAUGAGAAGGGAGAUAACGUUGAGGUGGAGAUGGAAGUUAAGGCCAAGUCAAUUGAGAAGGUUAAAACAAAGGACGAGAGCGGAGAGAAAUCAAAAGAUGAAAAGAAGAAAGAAAAGACAAAGGUAAAGGAUGAGGUAGAAGAAGGCAAACAUGCCGAGAAGGAAGAUGAAAAAAUUGUUUCAAAGAAACAUGAGAAAGAUGAAGAAGGGCAUGGAGAUGAUAAGAAACAAAAGAAGAAAAAUAAAGAUAAUGAGAAGAAAGAUGAGGAUGUAUCAAAACAAAAGGAGGAGUUAGAAGAUGACAAGGAAGGUAAGAAGAAGGGGGAUAAAGAGAAGAAACCGAAAGAAGAUUCCAAGGGUAAGGAAGACAAGAAGAAGAAAAAGGAAGAGAAGGAUGAGCCUGAGGAAGAAACUGAAGGAAAGAAGAAAAAAGAGAAGAAAGACUCUGAUGUAAAAGUUGAAGACACAGAAAAGGAACACAAGAAGAAAAAGAAAGAUAAGGAGAAGAAAGAUGAGGAUGUAUCACAACAGAAAGAGGAGUUAGAAGAAGAAGAAGGUGAUAAAAAGAAGAAGAAAGAGAAGGAUGAAUCAGGUGCAGAUGGAAAAGACAAGAACAAGGAUAAAGAGAAGAAACCGAAAGAAGAAUCCAAGGAUAAGAAAGAAAAGAAGAAGAAGAAAGAUGAGCAUGGGGAAGAAGAAGAAGAAGAAGAAGGGGAGAAGAAAGAAGAUCAUAAGGAGGGAAAAAAGAAGAAGAGUAAGGAUAAGGCGAAGAAGAAGGAAACUGAUGAGAUAUGUGAGAAAGAAGGAGACGAUGAGGAUGAAGUAGAAAAGAAGCAGAAGAAGAAGAAGAAGGAGAAAGGUGAAAAAGAUAACAAAGAAGAUAAGAAGAGUGAGAAAAACCUUGAAGUUGAAGUGUUGUCAAGAGAUGUUAAAUUUGAAGAACCAGGGUCCGAAGGAGAGAAAGGCAACUUGAAGGGCAAGAAAACUAAGAAUAUAAAAGACACCGAGGAAGAAAAUGAUUGUGAAGAGGGUGAAAAAGAGAAGAAGAAGAAGAAGAAAGAACCAAAGGAAAAGAAAAAGACGAAAGAUGAAGAAGAGGAAGCUGAAGAUGGUGAUGAAGAAAAUGAGAAAAAAGGAGAUAAAAAGAAAGAAAAGAAAGUAAAAGAUGAGAAGAAGGGUAAUGACAUCGGUAAGCUGAAAAUGAAGCUGGAGAAGAUCGAUGAAAAAAUAGGAGCUCUAAUGGAGAAGAAGGCAGAAAUUGUGAAUCAAAUUAAAGAAGCAGAGGGGAAGGUAGAGAAAGAUGGUGAAACAUAAAUAAUUUGGGAGCGUCUGAAAAUUGUAAACUGGCUUAACAAUACCCAUAGAGAAGCUGAUGUUUGGCAGUGUUGCAUUUGAUUUAAUCUUUUAUGUUUUUCUUUUCUGCUGAGUUGUUGUGAUAACUUGAAAUGGUUUAUGUACCUUUGGUUUUGUUGUUUCAUAUCAUCCAUAUAACAAUUAAUAUUCUAUAUUUGGAAGAUGCACACGUGGAGGCUGUAGCAUAUCGCCUCAAGCUAUCUAAAGAGGCAAUACUGUACCUUACCUCACACUGGUCACAAUGUCUAUAAUACUCCCCACAACUCACGACAGAAGUAGUGCUGCUGGCUGAAACAGAAGCUAUAUCCCAAGUCAUGACAAGAAAAGGCUUUAGUGAAGUGUAAGGGAUUUUACCUGAUUUGAUUGUCCUUGUGAAUUGAACAAAAGAUCUAUAUCCCAAGUCAUGACAAGAAAAGGUUUUAGUGAAGUGUAAGGGAUUACCUGAUUUGAUUGUCCUUGGGAAUUGAACAAAAGAUCAGAUAACAGUUUUCUACUGAUUUGAUUGUCCUUGGGAAUUGAACAAAAGAUCAGAUAACAGUUUUUCUAAUUUGGUCUUGACGACAAGGUCAAUUUAGGUCAAUUUCAAAAAAUAGAAGAGGUACAAAGGUUGCACAAAAAAAAGAGGGAGAGGUACAAAGCUUCUAGAAAAGUUAAUAGAACUACAACUAGAAGUUAAGAGUUUAGAGGAGUUAUUUUUAGGUUCAUCCAAGGAGAGAAAUUUUAAGUUCACC